AAACACGUACACCGGCAACAACACACCGGCUCGAUUUGACUUGCGUCCAAUUCAUAGCCGCCCGUCUAUCUAUCUCCUGCCUCCUCAUCCACAGCCCUUGGUUGUUGACACUAUGCAUUGAUAUACUGUAUGAAUUCUUCACGUACAAAGUCGUUUUUUGGAUCAAAGCUCUGUUCUGUAGAACAACAGAGGGAAGGAAAGGCUGAAAUACAAGUAAAAAUGUGUGCAAAAUAUACGAAUAUCAAAAAUGCAAAUUAAGUCAACGUUGGCAGUAUUGGCAAUAUUAAGGCAAUUGAAAUCAAAAGUGAUGUGCUAUGUUUAAAAGCUGGGGUACAAAUCUGUACGUACAUAUGUAUGUAUGUGCAAUGAAAUAAAAUGAUUUUUUUAAUUUAAAUAUUUUGGCGGGCAGAUGCUUAACUCUUAUUCCACCUACUGGCAGCCGCUGAAAUUAUUUCUACAACGUUUUUUGUAUGGUAUAUAAGAUGGUCGAAUUUUUUUGCAAAAUAUAGUAGAGCUUCAGCACUUCGCUAGUUAACAACUUCUGCAUUAAAAACCAACACAAAAACCAUCAAAAUGUUCAAAUCGUGCAUUAUCUUCGCUUUUCUCGCAUUGUUCGCCUGUGCUUCUGCUAAGCCUGCUGUGGUCGCUUAUGCCGCUCCAAGUGUCGUGACCGCACAAAGCUCGCAGUACAUUGCACGCAAUUACAACGGUGUUGCUGCCGCACCUGUCGUCGCCGCCGCAUACACUGCCCCCGCUGUAGCUGCUGCUCCCGUUGCUGCCGCAUACACAGCUCCAGUUGCCGCUCCCGUUGCUGCUGCCUACAGUGCGCCUGUCGCUUCGUACGCCUCAUACGCCUCGUACUAUCCCUACAACGCCGCUUACACUGUAGCUUUUUGCUGGCGAAUGGGGCAAAUGCCGGUUGAAAGACGACAGAAGGGAACGCGCCGCGUGGUAUUGGAGCAGCAGCAGCCAGCAGUGGUGGACGUGGUCCAAAGCCGGGCAGGUGAGCAACACUGGGUGGAGCAGGUGCAGCAGCAGCAGCACCGGGUGGUGGUGCACGAUGCUCCGGUGGCACAUCGAUCGUUUCCGCUGCAUCGGCAAAGUUGCCCGGCGUUGGACUGGCAACAGCAUUUCGCUGCAACAGCAGCAGGAGCAGAAGUGGCAGCAACUGGACUGGGGCAGCAGCUACGACGGGAGCAGGAGCAGCAGCGACUGCAGGUGCGGCUGGUGCGACAAAACGGGCUGCUGGAACUACAGCUGGAGCAGCAUAUGAAGCCACAUAUGGAGCAGCAGCCAAAAACCAAACCCUUCAAAAUGUUCAAAUUGUUCACUGUCUGCUUCCUGGCUCUCUUCGCUGUUGCCUUCGGUGCUGCUAAGCCCGGUCUGUUGGCUGCACCUGCUGCUCUUGCGUACUCCGCUCCAGUUGCUGCCGCUUACGCUGCUCCUGUAGCUGCACCCUUAGCCGCUGCUUAUGCUGCUCCCGUAGCCGCUCCUUUAACCGCUGCCUACGCUGCUCCAGUGGCCGCUGCUUACCACGCCGGCUAUGCUGGUUACGUUGCGCCAUACGCCAGCAGCUACUCAGCUCACUCUAUUGCUCACUCCGCCGCUUUCCCAGCUGCUUAUGCUGCUGCUCCCGCUGUUGCUGUACUCCGCAAAUAAAAAUAACGGUAGUAACUAUCUAUAAAUUAUAUUUGCUCAACUGUGAUGAACUAAGUCUUCGAACUGAUAAUACUAUAAAUAAAAUUGAUGAUUUUAUAACGACUUCCAAGAUCUAUUUACAUAUCAUAGUUUGUUAUUCAUACUUUUUUGAAAUGAGGUAUUAAUUGGUGUAGUAGAAAAUUGCUAAAGUAAGCAAAUAUCCACUGCGUAAGUAAGCAAAAUAUCUAUGUUUGAAGUGAAUUUAAAAAAAAUGUAAUAUAUAUGUAAUCCUUUGUUAGCUUUUAGAGUUUAAGCUUACUUCAAAUACACUAUUUCCCAACUA